AUGAGUUUCAAAACUCGGCAUGCAACCAUUGAAAGGCUUUUGGCUUGUGGGAUUUGCCAAAAACUUGUUAGGGAUUGCACUACAAUUGACGAGUGUUGCCAUACUUUUUGCAAGAAGUGCAUAACCGGAAAGAUCACUGAAGAAAACUUGCGCAACUGUCCAGAGUGCAACAUAGAUCUUGGUGGUGCUCCGUUGCAGAGGCUCAAGCACGACUAUCGUUGGCAAAGUAUAAGAAACAAGUAUGUCAGCAUAAAAAAAUUAGCGAAACCAAAAGUGGAGGAUGUUGCUCGUGAAGCCAAGAACCAUGUUGAUAAUCCUCCAGUGAACCAAGUGGCUUCAGAAUUGCCUAUUGUCGAUAGAAAAGGAAAAGGUAAAGUUUAUCAACUGCCAAAUGAAUCAGUGGAAACUGAAACUGAGCCUGAUGUUGAGCUAUUGUCCACUAGAAGAAAGGAGAAAUCCGUUUCUUCUUUAGUUGGUCGAAUUGAAACUUCAAACACAAUUGCUCCACCUACCCAUCAAAAAAGGAAAUACACUAGAAAAAAGCCUAUUCCUUCCUGGGGGGCUUCUCUAUCUAGUAUGAGUUCUACUCAAGAAGACGAAAAUCGUUCUCAAAUCUCAAGUAAUCCGAAUCCUUUUGCUGCCUCUGAGCCCUUAAAGAAACAAGUGGCACAUAAUAGCCAAGAGCGUAGAGGGGAACCUCCGAAAGAAAUGAAUGACUUGCUGAAAUCCCUAGAUGGCUCAGUUGAAGUCGUAACAAAAUCCAGACGUAGGAGGUCUUCUGCCAAAAAAAUGGUUGCAUCUGAAAUCAAAAUAGGUGAAUCACAUGGCAUAGGAUCAGCUUCUCUAGCUGCUAGUCCAAAAAAAUAUAGAAAAGGACGCCCAAGAAAACAAGACAAAAAUGGUCUCGCUGAGGAUCUGAAUAUUCCCACCCAAAUUGUGGUUGAUUCUUCGAGUGUUUGUGGAAGAAAGAACCAAGUUUGGUUCCAACUUGUUGGUUGUAAGAAGCAGGAAAGUUGUGGCAUUUUACCUUCAAUGCCUCCUCAAUAUCUAAGGGUUCAGGAUGUCAACAUGCCUGCUAGAUUCAUCAAGAAAUACCUGGUGGUGAAGCUGGGCCUUCAAAGUGAAGAUGAGAAAAAGGUGGAGAUUAGUAUGAGAGGUCAACAAAUUCAUCCAGAAAUGCGACUGCAUCAACUUGUAGAAAUGUGGAUUAAGACAUUAAGAAAACCAGAAAGGAAGAAAGCUGUAACAGUGGGUAGUUCAGGCAAAGAUUUUGUAAUGGUUUUCAUAUAUAGUUUGCAGUUGUAG